AUGUCGCUCAUCAUCCCCGAGAAGUUCCAGCACAUCCAUCGUGUUCUGAACACCAACAUCGAUGGUAACCGCAAGAUCCCCUACGCUCUGACCUCGAUUAAGGGUAUCGGCCGACGAUUCGCAUUCCUGAUUUGCCGCAAGGCCGAUGUUGACAUCCACAAGCGCGCCGGAGAGCUGACCGAAGAUGAUUUCGAGAAGCUGCAGACGAUCAUGCAGAACCCGUCCCAGUACAAGAUCCCCGAUUGGUUCCUCAACAGACAAAAGGACUGGAAGGACGGCAAAUACUCGCAGCUUCUAUCCACGGCCGUCGACAACAAGCUCCGUGAGGAUCUUGAGCGCAUGAAGAAGAUCAGGCUUCAUCGUGGUCUCCGACACUACUGGGGCCUCCGUGUCCGUGGUCAACACACGAAAACCACCGGCCGCAAGGGACGCACUAAUACCCCUUGCAUCAAUUUGUACAGAAGUUACGGGCAGGGACCGCUUAAUUGGACAGUCAUGCUGAUCAAAGUGAAAACGCUGACUGGAAAGGAAAUCGAACUGGACAUUGAGCCGAACGACAAAGUGGAGAGGAUCAAGGAGAAGGUGGAAGAGAAGGAAGGCAUUCCCCCACCCCAGCAGCGGUUGAUCUUCGCCGGCAAGCAAAUGAACGACGACAAGUUGGCCACCGAUUAUAAGAUUGUUGGAGGUUCGGUUCUUCAUUUGGUCCUUGCCCUGCGCGGUGGGCUU